AUGCCACCUCCUACUGUUCCCUCAACGACUAUUGUUGCAAGCAAAAAAACGGAGAAGCCGAAGCUUGUGUUCUUCACAAACUCCCCCACUCCAGAUAUGGUCACGUCCACAGCUAAUCCGGUGGAUUUGAAGCCUCCUGCUUCGUCGGAUCCAAGAGAUGUUAUUAAAAAUGAAAUCCAGCGGGCUAUUGAUAAGCUUGAGGGACGUGGUGAAGAUGUGAAGAGUACUCCAUUGACCCCUGCGAAGGUUGACAAGGAACUUGUGAAGCCGAAACUGUCUGUGGAGAGUGAACUGAAGCGAUAUCUGUUGUACGCUGCUCCAGGCUUUGGAUGUCUUCUUGGACUGGUACCUGCCAUACUUUUUGUAAAGCUUUGCGGAGUACGUGUUACAUUGUCCGUAACGCUGGCUAUGUCUGGCAUACUAACAGCUAUAGUCCCAGUUCUAUCACGAUUUGGAUUUUCGGCGCUUUUUCCUUUAAGACUUUUCAUGGGCAUGUGUUUUGCGCCAUGUCUCCCAGUCAUGGGUGCAGUCUGUGCGAAUUGGGGGUGUUUGAAUGAGCAGUUGUUGUUCAUAGCGACUGCUUUUGCCUUCAUACAGGUGAAUAUGGAGAUGAGAGGAACUUCGUCACUUCAUAUUAUAUCGACAGGAGAGAAGCACUAA